AUGAGUAACCAGCAAAUGGCUGUGUUGGCUCGGUUUGUGUCGUUCAUCGCGGGGUCUUUUGUGGCUGUGCUGAUGGUCUUGACACUGAUUGACGAGGACUUCCUGAAUGUCCACGUGACGCCCGACCGCAGUGUGCUGUG